AUGGCUUUGUUGGAAAAUCCCGAGAUUCUGACAUUAUCGUCGACCUCGAGGAUUGAUUCAAAGGUCGAGUCGAUCAAAGGACCAUCGGGCCUGGAUGGGGUAAACCCGACAGUUACAAUUAAAGAUGAUCUCGACUCGGAACAUUCGGCGACACCGGAGUUCAAAUUAGAGGAGCAUCCCAUCGAUACACUUCGACCCGUAAAGGUGGGAAUCAUCGGAGCAGGUCUUACCGGAAUCACUGCUGGCGUUCUUUUGCCGGAAAAGCUGCCAGGACUUGAUCUGCGCAUCUACGACAAAAAUGCCGAUGUGGGAGGCACAUGGUUCGAGAACACCUACCCCGGCGUCCGAUGUGAUAUACCUGCCCACGCGUACCAAUCCGGCUUCGAACCAAACACCGAUUGGUCCGAAGAGUUUGCACAAGGUGCCGAAAUCAGAGAUUACUGGCAGGGGGUUGCGCGAAAGUAUAAUGUGUACCAGUAUAUUCGAGCUCAACAACAAGUACAAAGGGCAGAAUGGCUGGAGGAAGAAGGUAAAUGGAAUGUUACCAUUGCACAUGUUGAUGGUUCAGAAAAGGUAUACGAGGAAAAAUUAGACAUUCUCAUCAACGCGAUAGGCCACUUCAAUGCCUGGAAGCUUCCUGAUUAUGAGGGAAUCAAAGAGUAUAAAGGAGCGCUUUUCCACGCCUCUAAUUGGGAUCAUUCUAUUGACUUGAAUGGGAAACGAAUCGCCCUGAUUGGAAACGGUGCUUCUGGAUUGCAAGUUCUUCCCUCAAUUCAACCACUAGCAAACCAUGUCGACCACUACGCGCGCAAUCCUACUUGGAUCGCCGACUCAUUUAGCAGUGGAAACGCAGGAGUCCGUCGACUGCAGCCAAAUAUAAUCCCGGAAUCUCUGCGGGAAACAUUCAAAGAUCCCCAAGUUUAUCUGGAGUACCGUACCGGUGUUGAGAAGGGAUUUUUCCAGCGAUUCGGCGCCAUUUUCAAAGACACUCCCGAAAACCGGGAAUUACGAGAGAAAUGGACGGAAAUUAUGCUGCAUCGCGUCUCACAGAAACCAGAGCUAGGCGAGCAGAUUCUCCCAGACUUCCCACCAAACUGUCGUCGUCCAACUCCUGGCCCGGGAUACCUGGAGGCCCUCACAAAAGAGAACGUCAGUUAUAUCCGCCCGCGGAUUCAACAUUUCACGGCGACGGGGAUAGUCACUGAAGACGGAGUCGAGAGACCUGCAGAUAUUACCAUCUGUGCGACGGGUGCGAAUGUCGACCAUGCGCCCCCGUUUUCUAUCAUUGCGAAUGGAAUUGAUCUGAAAUAUGCGUGGAAGAAAGAUGGACAGUUCGGAUUCCCGUACUGUUAUCUUGGAUUUGCGACUCCAGGAUUUCCCAAUCUGCUCUGGAUUGGCGGACCGUACGCCUCAGGACACAGUGGAACUGUGCCAAACAGCAUGGAGAAUCAAAUCACUUACGUCGCAAAGGUGAUACGAAAGAUUCGCAGCCAGGGAAUCAAAUCUAUUGCUCCUUCGAUACAGGCGACCGACGACUUUGUCGAGUACUGCGACCAGUUCUACCCGCGCACUGUUUGGUCGGAGAAUUGCAGUUCUUGGUAUAAUGGUGGUCAACCUGGUGGUCGAAUUCAUGGGUUAUUCCCUGGAAGUGCUUCUCAUGCGAAUUACAUUCGUCGAGAUCCUCGUUGGGAGGACUGGGAGUACACAUACGUUAACCAGAGUGGGAAUCGGUUUGCUUAUUUCGGAAAUGGCUGGACCUCUAGGGAGUUGGAUCCUAGUGCCAACCUGACACCCCAUUUAAAAGUCCCGGAGGAGAUCAAUUUGAAAACUCAUCUGGAGGGUUGGUGGGAUGUGUAA